UUUAGAUAUUUAUCACAAGUUCGUAUCAUUUUUUUUUUUUUUGAAAUGGAUGAUCACUAAGAUAACUACUAGGCAAGGCCCAAAAAGGAAAUGUACAAGCGAACAAUGUAACAGGAUUGAAAGAAAAUCCCAAACAACUAGGCCGAAGACAAUCCCAGCAAUCCAAUAGGGCCCGGGCCCAGGACCAAACAAGAGUGAGCCCUUCCCCAACCCUAUCUACACGCUCCCCCUCUGUUUUCCUACCACCGCCGUGGCCGACGACCGCCACUGCACCCAUCCAAGCACCGCCACCCACAGAAGAGCGCCACCGCCAGCCAUGUACAGUUUGGGCACCCACCAAACCCGAAAGGCAAGAAGAGGAGGGAAGUGCCUCCGACCAUCCCACCCCGAGCCGGUCACUACGCACAUUCCGCCGUCAUAGCCAAGGAGAACCAACCGAGCAACCGGACAGUCGGUGGAGGAGACAGAGAGUUAGAAUACAUUAGUCUUCAAGCUCUCCCAACCGGAUCCACGCCAAGGGCUGCAUCUCUGAAUCGCCAAGAUCUGCAAGGCAAAACAAGGAGGUAGACCAAAGGAGAAGAGAGGAGAGGAGAAGACAAGCCGGAUCCUAAUCAGAUCCGACCUCCAUCGCAUCUUGAACCAAGAAACCAUCUCCAGAUCUCGAAACCAAAUUGGAGGACAAAAACUUCAACCCACACGCGGGGGGCAAAAGAUCUCUCCAAAGGAGGAAGAAAACAUACUACAACAGGGGAAAGAAAGGGCCUUUGCAUGGCCAGAAAAGCUAAAACGGAGAAGGAAAAAGAAAUGCCAAAACACUAGACAUGGAAGGCGCACAAAGGAAAGCAAGGGGAAAAAAUAACUUGGGCUAGGCCACCGCCGCUCACAUGGGAGCCGACGGUGACCCUUGAUGAAGAAUGAAAAGGGAAAAGUUAGAGAGAAGGCAUAUAAUUUUGAAAUAGAGAGAGAAGGGUUAUUUUUCUAGGUAACAUUCCACAAGUUCAUAUCAUGAUGGUAAUGUUUGGUAGUACAUACAAUUAUACCAUGGUGGUAUGAAUAUAAGAUAGUGUAGAAUGGUUGAUUAUAUGAUAGUAGGAAUGUAUUGUCAUUUGCAACCUUUCAUCACGGUCUACCACCACUUACCACCUUAUGCUAGGGUGGUACAAGCAUAGCAUAGCUAGGAUUUCAACUAAGAUAGGUCCAUUUGAAAAAAAAAUAUACUUGAUAAAAUAGUUUUUUAACUAUUCUAAUCAACCAUUCUCAAUUAGAAGCACUCUAUUUUAAUUACCUAUUAAACGUAAUUUUUUAAUUUACUUCUUGGUCACCACCCUAUUACACUCUCUCCUUCUCCCAUGGUGCAAAAUUUGUUGUUGAUAUUGAAUAAGUGCACUAUUCAUUUUGAGUGAAUCAUAUAUGCACACUUGUCACUAAUAUGUAACUCAUUACAAUUUUUUUGAAUAUGUCAGUACAAAAUAUGUAAAUCAUACACCAAAUAUUUAUAAAGUUAACCAUUCUCAAUUAUAUAUAACCAUUCUCAAUUAUAUAUGCCCUAAUUAUAAUUAAUAAUUAAAUAUUAUACCUAAUUUACUUAUUUUUCUCCCGAAUCAAGGUGGACUCCGGGACCUACUCUAUAUACUCUGCCUCCAUACUUGGGUAUAUUUGAUCCUAAAUUCUUUUCUCCAAAAUUUGUAGAUUAAAUAGAUCACGAUAAACUCGUCCCUUCUGAAAUUUCUUUUCAAAUUUUGAUUGAAAACGAAGGUGGUACCAAGUGGUACCAAGUGGUACGAAAAAUAAUUUCUCCAACUAUAUUAAAAAUGUAUAUAAUUUAUUAGAUGAUUACGAACUUGCUCCGUCUGUGCAAUUUUUUUGAAAUCCAAGUUAAAACAAAGUAGAUAAAAAUUGAUUAAAAAAGUAGGAAAUGUUCAUUUAGUCUCACCCCUUAGAUUUGACCCGCUUGAUAAAAAGCCCAGAUCUAGUCAUACAAGUAUGCAUAACCAAAAAUUAUGCACUCUAUCUUAAAAACUUGUAAUUGUUCUAAACUAAUAAUUUAAGGGAAAAGAUGAUCCAUCCUCUUCAUUUAACUCAAAAUAAUAAUAAUAAAUUUUGUAGAACACGAUGUCUUUAUGAUAUAAUCGUGAGUCGAUAUAAUCGUGAUACUAUGAUCCAUCCUCUUUAUUUUAACUCAAAAUAAUAAUAUAAAAUUGUGUAGAAAUAACGCAUUUAUUAAGAUUUACACAUUGAUAUCCUUUUUGUUAUGGUUUGUCAAGCAUAAGAUCUAAUAUUAAUAUCGUAUCACUGUCAAAUGAUGAUAUUAUAAUCAUACCAUAGUAAUGAUAUCAUUAUAGGACAGUGAUAUGAUGUAAUCAAAUUAUUUUGUCAAACAAAAGAUCUCAUACUAUCAUAUGAGUGUCAUACCACCAUCACUAAUUAAGUUAUACACAAUUAUAUUUUGUCUCAUACUAAUAUCAUAGUGAUAAUAUCAUGAUAUGACACUAAUAUGAUGUUUUGUCAAACAUAAGAACUCAUACCAACAUCAUAUCGUUAUCAUACCAUUGUCAGUGGUAAUAUCGUGAUAUGACAGUGUUAUAAUUGUGUAUGAGUUUAUCAAAACAAUAAAUCUGGUUUUUCUUUGCAAUAUUUAUUUUAAAUCUGAUGUAAAAUGAAUGCGCUAUUGUCCAUUGAAUUUUUGUAUGAGAUUUGAAAAGUGACUUUACAAUGCCAUGGGAAUCCGUGCGCUCCAUCCAAAAUCCGGCAAGCUAUCCCCAAAAUCCGGUUAGCCUUCUCUCCUCCCUCAUACUUUCCUUUCUUACCCUUCUAUGAUAUGAACCAUUAGAUCUUAUCUUCCCAAAUUACGAUCAUUGGAUUAUAUUUUGUAGAGCUACAAAAUUAAUGGGUUUUGUACCCUAACCCAAGCUAUAAUUUAGUCCAUCAAUGUAGAGAGAUAACUAAAACCUCGUAUAGAUCCCGUGCAGGAAGUGCAAGGUAAUUGCUUGUUGUAAAAAAUGGACUAAAUUGCGGGAGCGGUUCAUGUGAAUAAAUUUGUGGGGCACAACCAUGUAUAACCUGCCACAUCAGUGUAAUCUCACCAUUUAUGAAAGGCUUUAAACUUUUUCCCUCUAAACUUUAACGAGCUGGAUCUCUUUCAUUUUAAGUUUAAAAAAAAUUCACAGAUAAAUAAGAUAAUUUGUGCUCUUCAAAAUCAUAUUCACUUUGAUAUAUUUUGGAAUAAAUGUUAUUAGGAACAUAUAAGCCUAUACAAUGGUUGAAAUACAUGUUAUUAGGAAUAUAUUAACUAUCAUUUACAACUUUUAAAAUUGUGUACCACAAGAUAUCACCCCUAUACCAGAGGAAGUGUCUAGAUGAAUGAAAUUACUUGAAAGCAUUGGCAACAACAACUCUCGAACUAUCUCUAGGUUAAAGCCACUACUUGGACAAGCUUGCUCGAGUGAAUUGAAAUUCGAAUUGAGCAUAUUUUUAAAUAUACCGUCACAAACAGAGGCGACUGGACCGGGAGAAGCUACGGUUACAAUGGCGUCAUCGAACUAGAAGGUUCAUUUGGGGACAUGUUACUGUGAUUACUAAGGGUAAAUUGGGUAUGAAAAAAUAAAUUGUAUUAAUAAUUUUUUUUUAGUAAAUUUCAUUUUAAGUAGUUACAAAAUUUUAUUAAUUACAAUUAUCUCUCUUUCUCUCACUUCCGUAUUCUCCAGCCCGAUCCUCUUUCCUUAUUUUUUUCAAUCUUUCAGCAAAAGAAAAAAACACGAAAUCACUACCAAUCCAUUAGACAACCACUACCACUUUGAAAAAUAUCAAUACCAUUGCAGAAAUAAAUCUAUAUCAUGACACGGAAACUACCAAUAUAAAUAAUCUAUUCCAAUGCAACAAAAUUAAUACCAAUGCGACAAAAAACAAUACCAUUGAGACGAGAGGGCCGAAGAUAAAAGGAUGGUAAGAGCUGUCGAUUGCUUUGACGACCUCCGCGGUCCCGUACUCGCCCAGGUAGCUUGUCCAUCGGCUCCUCCCUGCUUUUUGAUAUAUAUAUAUAUAGAGAGAGAGGGUCUUGGGAUGGGGUGGGGAGGAGGGGGGGGGGGGAAUGGAGGGUGGGGGUGGGUAAGAGCUGGGGGAGGGGAUGAUAGGUGGGAUGAGGGAAGGCGGCGGGAGGGUGGGGGAGGCGGAUGGCGGGAGGAGAGGGGAGGUGGGAGCGUGGAGAGGGUAGACGUAGGGUUGGGAAAGUAAGUUAUAAAUAUAGCUAAUAAUAUGGUGUGAUAAUAUUUUGCUUUCAAAACUAUUCUUAAUUUAAUAUUGACCGUCAUUUUAAAAUAUGAAAAAUUAGAUCUAAGGAAGGGUUUAGAUGUAGGUAGCCACGAUGGUUACUAAAAAACUAGUAUCCACCCUACCACAUUCCAGUUCCUUUGACUCAAUGAGAGUAGCGAGAGAAAGUAGCCAAAACUAAACUUACUCAAAUGUGUGACAAAACAUAAUGAAAAUGAAAUGUGGGUUGAUUAGGUGCUUUUAGAAGUCGGUUUCCUUAUUAGAGUCCUGGUUUUUAAUUCCAAUAAAGACUUUCAUAGAUGACUCGAUUUCGUUCUUGGAGAACUCUAUGUUACACUAAUUUGUCCAGUAAUUAAUCUCAUAUAAGAAAAUAUUUUACUUUGUUGAUAUUUUUAUUUAUUUAUACUACUCAAGUAAACAUGAAAAGAAUGUAACUUUGGGAGAUAUAUUAAUAAUCAUAAACAAUAUUCAUAAUAAAUUUUUGAAUUUUAAUAAUUAUCAUUAUCAAAUUCCAAUUGGCCAAUGAGUCCAGACAAAAUUAAAUGGAGUCUAAAAGAAAAUUAGCAAUGAUUUGUAAAAUAAAGUAUAGCAAGAUAAAUUUUGUAGGAGUUAGCUUAUUUGCAUUAUUGUAUGCGUGCAAUUUGGAUUUUCGGAUUCAUGUUUGACUCCGUUAGAAUGUUGAUUUUUUUUAGAUAUAUGUUCCUUUCUUAUAUUUCAGUAAUAUAAAAAGUGAAUUUUAUAUGGUACUAAUAAAAAUGUAUAUUACUUAAUACAAUUGGUAUUGUUUAUAUUAUUAACGAAAUGCAUCCGACCAACGGAUAGACCCAAAUCUAUCUAUCUAUCUAUCUAUCUAUCUAUCUAUCUAUCUAUCUAUCUAUCUAUACAUACAUAAUAUUAUGGCAAUUCAAAAUUAAAUUUUUGCCACAUAAGCACUUGGAGAGAUCUCAAGUUGUCAAGGUGGACAAUUUUUUACCAAAAAAAUAGUUAUUGACCUAUUUAUGGAGUUGUCUCUCUCUCUCUUCAUUUAAUAUUUAAUUCUCUUUUAUCCAAUAAUUAUUUUGCUUUUGUUUUUGCAUUAUAUCUAUAAAUAAUAUAUGGAGAGAAAGGUUAUCAAACCGGUUUAGCAAGUGGAAUGGUUUUAUCAGUGGUACAACCGAUUUGUGUCGUUUCAUGUCGGUUAAUAAAAUAUGUAGAAAUAUAAAUAAUUAUUAAUAUCAAAUGAAUUUAAUCAUAUAUAAACCAUAUUUGAAGACAAUUUACGUACAAUUCAUAUUGAUAUUUAAAUGAAAUAUGAUAUUUCAAAUAAAAUUACAUGUACUCAUACUUAAAUUCAUUAAAACUACGUAAUUUACUUAGAAAUUCGUAAUACGAUCAUAAUUUAAACAAACACACAACAAUAAUAAUAUUUUGUAGAUAAGGUCUGAAGAAACUUGAGCAAGAUAUAAUAGUUAUUUAUUAAAAAAGCUUCUUAUUCAUUAUGAUUAAGUGAAAACAUAUGAAUCGCAUGUGCAGUAUUUAUAAUGUAUCCUAAGUUCACAUUACUAAUAUUUUCUCUAGGUCAUGUUGAUUGAGCAAGCUCUAAUGAGGUCUUACAUCAUAUGCUAAGAAAUUUUCUUUUCAGACUUGGAAUUAUUUAUUGUUAAAGAUUAUAAAUUGAAGUUUCCAAAAUGACUUGAGUAUAAUAGUUGAUGAACUUUGACUUCAUAUUCUAAGAUGAGACAUGAGAUCACUUGAAAAAUGAAAUGCGUGAAAUUUAGAGAAAUCUUUGUUAAGGAUGUACGUUAAACGUCACAUUUCAUGCUAAGAAAAAUCUAAAUUCGAAGAUUGAGGUAAUAAAUAAACAUUAAUGUUUUACUUCGCAUAUAUAACAAAAAACAUUUAUAGUUACAAUAGUGUAAACCGAGCUAUUGGGUCAAAAGAAGAAUAUUUAAUAAAUAUGAGUUUAGUAAGAAAAUUGUAACAAGUCUAUAUACUUGUGAGUUUGUGAUCUCAUACCAAAUUUUGGCAAUAAUAAAAUAAAUUUAUAUCAUAUUCCACCCAAGGAGGCAGGAGCUGAGUUCAAAGGUAUUAAUUAGUGUUGAAAGUAAAAUAAACUCUCUGUAUAUAUAUGUUUAGAUAUUAACAAUAGAUGUGUCUUCAAUACAUCCAAUAAUUGAAAUACACGUGAAAAAGCCACAAUGUUUGUAUGAACUUUUAAAUUUUGCUACAAAAUAUUUUGUUAAAAAAUUAUAAGUUAAUUAUUCAAGGAAUACAUAAUUUUGAAUGCACCUGAAAUAUUUGUCGGUCGUAUACACACUUUACCAAUUACUAAUAUUAGUAAUGAAAUUUUUGUUCUAGAACAAACACCAAAUAUAAAGAAAUUUUAGUGAAUGGACAUUCAAAUAGUUGAAAAGUUAUACAUUGAAGGAACAUGUUGAGAUGAGAACCUUCGAUAGUGUAUAUGAAUCCUUGGAUUCAGUUUUUUUUUCUUAUCAAUCCUUGGAUUCAGAUUCUAAACGAACAUCUAGACAAAAGGCAUGAGUUGAGGGUUAGUACAAACUUAAAAUAUUAGCAUUUGUAAUAAGUUGCUAUACAAAGACUUCAUGAACAUCAACAAUAAAAAUGAGUGAGGUUUAGAGAAUUUAAUCAUUUUAAGGGAUACGAUGUGUGUCAAAUUUCAAUUGGGAUAAACAUAAUUUAUCCAGUAAUCAAGUAUAUUUUUCCAAUAAUUUGAACUCUGAUUAAUUAGGUGAGAGUUCGUACAAACUCGAGAAUCAUGAAUUGAUAUAUGUUGUAUAAGAUAAUAAAUUUGAGCGUCUUGGUAGAAAUUUUUUUAUAUAUGAUCCUAAUGGGACGUGAUAAACCUUUACGACAUGAUUAUGAUAAGAGAAUAAAAAUAUCCCAAGGGAGUGUGCUAACUAUUAAAUAUUAUUCGAUAUAGACAUACCACAUAUUCACUUAUGAAGCGAGAGCAUAAAAUGUAUACAAGAUCCAAAAAGUUCAAAACAUGUAGAUAAGUUAACUAAUAUAAAUAAUAAAAUGAAUUUCUCCGGCCAACUGGCCAAGUAGAAAACUAGUCUAAUAUUAUAGUAGUUGUUAUAUUAAUCUCCUAUCUGUAGCUCUAAAUUGCAGCAUUAGAGUAGUCAUGAUAUUAAUCUUGUAGUUAUUAUAAUCCCAGCAACAGUAUAAUUGUCUGUAACGUAAUGUUUUGCUAAUCUCCUAUCAAAGCUUAGGGGGCCGAUGAAAGAGUCAAGUACUCAAGUCUAGGAUCAAUGAAAUUGCAUGUGUGUGUGUCGGUCAAUUAAUCUCAAUUUUGAGAAAAAAAACCAGUGGGGUUCUUGGUGAUCAGUGUCCAGUGAAGUGGGUGUUUAGGUUGAAUCAACGGAAGAAAAUAAUACUGUUGGCGGGAUGCAAAGAGCCCGAAAUUGCUCAACAUGUCCCGUAACUUGGAGGGUACGUGUCCUGAGCGUGUCCCGCGGUUAAUAUCCCCAGUAUCAUAAUCGCAGCAUUCAAGAUGUGCCCGGGACGCACACGAGUUUGUACGCCACGGCACGGAAAUUAAAUAUAUGAGUCAGCCCAGCAGAGCAUAAAUUGUAUAUAAGCCAUAUCAUGUCUAAAUUUCAUGUGUACAAGCAUGGGUAUGGUACGGUAUGUAAAUCGACAGUGUCUGAUCUAAUAUUUUCGAAACAUUAUUGAGUAUAAGAACGGAUGUAGCACAAAAAGGAAAUUAAUUUGAUAAAAAAAUAAAUAUAAAAAGAACUAUAGGUUCAAAUAUAAAUACAAAAAUAAUUAUUUUUAUUGUUAGAAGUGAUCUUAAAGAUAUAUACGUAAUUACUACCAUAACAAAAAACAAACGAAGAAUUAAACAAAAUAACUUCACACUCAUUAUACUUCCAAUUUUCCCCCCUUUGUUAUUACAUUUCUCAAACAUUCUCGGUUAAUACUUUCAUUUUCCGUCCAAUUUUCUCAUUUUUUUCAUUCCCUUUUUUAUUUUCUUCUUUUUCGUUAAACACAAAUAUGAGCACACCACGAACAGGCACUGCAUGAUUCAAACCGUGCCCGACCCCCGGCCGAGCCUAGCAAAAGUAACAAUGGGCUUGCACGGUACGACACGAAAACUGACUGGUCUUGCCAAACACGGCACGAAAAAAAUGGGCUCGAAACGUGCCUGUGUCGUGCUGGUCUAAGCACGGCCCAACGCCAUGUACAGUCCUGUCCCUUCAAAACUUCCAAUUAGGCCACAUUUAUUUGCAUAGCGAUACGCGAAAUAAGGCUAGCCGGAGUUUCUCAGACAAGGUCCCGAGUUCGAUCCCAACGACAACGAUGAUUCUUGUAGUAUCAUUUGUCAAUUGUAAGAUAGCUUAGUGGUGUUGUCGUAGGGUAGGUCGUCCCGAGAUGUUUGAGGUACUAGGUUCGAUAUCUCGCGAAACCCGUGUUAUGUUCUCAGAGGUGUCCAGCCGCUGGGGGGCGAAGCUCUGUUAAUUCAUAAAAUUGCAGUAGGUGACCUCCGGGUUUGAACUCGCUCUACCAUCUAAAAAUUGUGGUGUGUGCAUGUGGACGUUACUGGGUAAUAAAAAAAUUGCAUAGCAAUAUGCGACAUUGCAGUUGGGUUUCGAGGAUGAUUUUCAGAGGCCGAUACGAGCUCCCAAACAAGCACAACUAUAGAAUGGAUCUUCCAAUUGUAAGAUAGCCUAGCGAUGUCGCCGUAUGGUAGGUCGGUUUGAGAUGUGUGAGGUACUGGGUUCGAUGUCUCGCGAAGCCUGUGUUGUGUUCCCAAAGGAAUCUAGCCGCUGAGAGCGAAGCCCUAUUGGCACAUAAAAUUGCAGCAUGUGACCUUCAAUUUGACCUCGCUCUGCCAUCACAAAAAUGUGGUGUGUGUGGUAAUAAAAAAAUAAAUUGCAUAGCGAUAUGCGGCUUUGCAAAUGGGUUUCGCGGACAAUUUUCAGAGGAUACGGGCUCCCAGACCAGCCCAGCUAGAGACUGGACCGAUUUCUUGGGCUCAUAUUCUAGGCCCGUCUAGUUAGCCCUCCAUCAAAUUUAACUUUCCCGCCUUUUCGUCUGAAAUAGACAGGAAAGAAUUUGUGACCGGGAGGGAAAAUAAUAAAAAUAAAUAAAUGAAAAAGGCGUGUAGUCUCACUCCCACCGUCGGGCAGCUAAUAUCCCAAUCGUCUCUCUGGAAUACAGAUCGCAAGGGGCUGAUUUCCGAAUAUUCGUGGGGAUGUCGACGUGGCGAAUCUUCUCAGACGCCGAAAAUGAUUUCCGGUGGGAGGUUUCCGGCGCGGUGGCGCAAUCGAACUUACCGGUCGAGUCGAAGGUUUAUCCGGUCUCACCCGUCAGCUCCAGUUCUCGCCUUCCCUCCAUGGCUGACCUCUUGCUUGAAGGCUGUCCGAAGCUUCUCGAGAACGCUAAAGACGGCGGUGGGAGUGCUCCGAUUUUUCGAACUGGAUCGGGGAAAUCCGUGUCACUGAAACAAUCUUCAAUCGCCAAAGCUUUGUCAGUUCUCAGCGAUGGGGACGGCUUAGGCACAGCUGGCUACGCAGGUGAAGCAUACAAUGGAGACGUUCCAAGCAAUUUCUCCAACUCACUUUUCCAAACUGCAUCUGGAAAAUCAGUUGGCUUCACUUCUGCUGGUCUUUCCAAAGCCAGGAGUUUGUUGGGAAUGACAGAAGACGGAGGCAAUGCUUCUAGUUUUGAAGGGUUCCAACGUCCACAAAGAUCAUCUUUCGCAAAAGUGCACACUGGUGGGCUGGGUUUUACUCAUUUGGGGAUGAGAGAUGGUGCUAGCAAGGAAAUGCCAGGUUCCAGUCCAGCCACACCUUAUAAAACUGGUUUAGCAGGAAGUAGACUUUCGAAAGAGUUUACCCCAGACUCAUUGCUGUCCAAAGUGUAUGAUCCAGCUGCUAAACCACCUCCAAUCAAGUUCCAGACAGCCGGGGGUAGAUCGUUAUCCGUUUCAACUGAUGCACUGCAACGUGCAAGAAGCCUUCUUGGGGACCCGGACUUGGGCAGUUUCUUCAAUGUGGGUGAUCCGGCCAUUGCUGUUUCUGAAGAGAGAAGAACCAGUGACUCUUCGUUCAGCAAGGUCAAAGAUGUGUAUGCUGGAUUUACUUAUCCUGGUGCUGCAAGGAGUAAAUAUACUCAAAAGAAUUUCGUACCCCCUCUUAAAGCAUCUUCCAACCAGUUUCAAGGGCUGCUUAACUCGGAAAACGUUUCAAUAGGGAGCAACUUGCUCAAGCAGUUUGAUGCUGUUGGGAACGACUGUAUAAAUGGCUAUGUGAACAAGGAGAAUAGUCUUAUGAGUUAUAAGACCGGUAUGGAUGAUCAUGCAAGACUCAACACCAUAGGAAAUGGGUCUGGUUUGAGAAGUAUUCAAGUAGCAAAGCCAUGUCGGGGGCCGUUGGCUGACAUCUCCAAUACCGUGCACACAAAUUGCGCAGACGGCAGACAAGUGGGCGGUGGAAAGAGGAGACUGAGGGGUGGAAUAUCUGUUUCCCCAUUCAAGAGGCCAAGAAACUCCAAAUUCAUCACCCCUUUGAACAAGAAUCAUUGCCCCAGUGGUUUAUCGGUGGUGUCAUCUCAGAUUCCUUGUAGCCGAAAAAGGGUCUCCACUAGGUAUCCUGCUCAGACUUCAAGGAUGCAUAUCAAAGAAUACUUCGGGGUGGCCCUUCCUCGCCACAGAGAGUUGGAACAGCAAGCAGCUUGUAUCACAUCCCACGCUGCAUCUACCUAUUCUUUCCCAGAUCAACUGGGCACGAAUUCCAUUGGAGUAGAAGCCUGUCGCCGCAUGCUUGUUCAGUCAGGAGCUUCUGAGCAAUGUGCUUCCGAAGAGUGGGUUACGAAUCACUACAAGUGGAUAGUUUGGAAACUGGGAUGCUACGACAGAUUUCGUCCGGUGAAGGCGGCUGCGAAAUUUUUGACGAUCACUAAUGUCCUCGAAGAACUGAAAUACAGAUAUGAAAGAGAAGUAAACCAUGGACAUCGAUCUGUACUCAAGAGGAUAUUGGAAGGCGAUGUACCUCCUUCUUCGAUGAUGGUCUUGUGUAUUUCGGCAGUUUGUGCUAAUUCUGAAGCAGAGGCAGAGGAUCGUCCACCGGAAUCAAAUAGCCCUCUAGGUGGUACUGCGGCAAAAGUACAGCUGACUGAUGGAUGGUAUGCAGUGGAUGCUCUAUUAGAUAUGCCGUUGUCAAAACUUCUUUCAAGUGGGAAUCUUUUUGUUGGACAGAAACUUAGGGUUUGGGGAGCAGGAUUAUCUGGAUGGGCUGGCCCUGUUUCUCCACUUGAGGCAUCAAACGCCGUCAGUUUGCUGUUGCAUACCAAUGGGACUUAUAGAGCUCAUUGGGCUGAUCGACUUGGAUUCUGUAAGAGAACCGGUGCUCCUUUGGCCUUCAGGUGUAUCAAGAGCAAUGGCGGCCCUGUUCCCCAUACGUUAGUUGGAGUUAGACGCAUCUACCCUGUUCUCUACAAGGAGAAGUUUGGUGGAGGUGGAUCUAUCGUGAGGUCAGAGAGAAUGGAGGCUAAGAUGUUGCAGGUGUAUAACGACAGGAGAUCAGUUGUGGUGGAGGGUGUAGUUUUGGACAUGCAAAGGGGAACCGAAAGCUCUCGACCGUACAACGACAGUGAUAGUGAAGAAGGCGCAAAGCUUUUGAAAAUACUGGAGACGUCAGCUGAACCAGAAGUUCUGAUGGCAGGGAUGAGCUCAGCGCAACUUGCUUCUUUCACUUCGUAUCAGGCAAAACUACAGGCAACCAAACAAUUAAACAUGGACAAAGCAAUCGAGAAAGCUUUCCGGGAUGCUGGGUUAGAGGAGAGAGACGUUACCCCCUUUAUGAGGGUCAGGGUGGUCGGGUUGACAACUGGUGGUCAAGGAAAUAUCAGAUCACAAGAAGGUUUGAUAACAAUAUGGAAUCCAACAGAGAAGCAGCAGCUUGAGCUGGUGGAAGGACAGGCGUAUGAUGUUGCAGGACUAGUGCCUGUGAACUGUGAUUCAAAUACCCUUUACUUACAAGCAAGAGGACCCGGAAACAAGUGGAAACCCCUGUCUCGUUCUCAGGCACAAUCUUUUGAGCCCUUCUUCACUCCUCGGAUGUCCAUCACGUUAUCAAACUUGGGUGAAGUUGCAUUUGGCAGUGAAUUCGAUAUGGCUGCAGUUGUUGUGCAUGUGGGGGAGGUUUAUAAAACUGGGGUGGCCUCGAAACAGUGGGUAUUUGUGACUGAUAACUCCAUCUCCACGUUGAAUCCAGAAGCUGCGAACUCCAUACUAGCUUUAAGCUUUGGCUCCCCUCGGGAAGACAAGGAUUCAGCUGCUCCUCCAGUCAACCACAAUCUAGCGGGGUCAACAGUUGGCUUCUGCAACAUUAUCAAGAGGAAGAAGGAUCAAAUAAAUGAGCUAUGGAUAGCUGAAGCAACGGAGAAUUCGACUUACUACCUUACCUUCGACUCCCGAAAUUGCUCCCAUCUCAAACAGACUGCCGCGUCCGUUCAAAGCUGGGCCAAAGUUUCCCGCUCGGUUAUCAGCAGGCUGAAGGAAAAGGUUCUAAACAUCGUUGAUGGUUCGUGAAGCAAGAAGUCAGAACAGGAGUUGCAAGUUCUACUGUACAUUAGAUCAGUUUCUCAUGCAAAAGCAAGCAUUCCGCUUUUAAGGGAAGCAUCCGAUCAAGCUCUCAUGGCGUUGGACAAAAAGGAAGCAAGAAUUCCACUAUUCCAGCUUGAUUUAACAGGGAAAAUCGUAUUAACGCUUAAUUAGAAACUAAUGUAGUUCAGCAUUCUCGACAUUCUGUAAAUAUUUAAUGCCUCUAAUCCCCCAUGUUGGUAGGGAAAUUUUGCUACGUUUACUAAUCAUGCUUAGUAAAACUCUAAACAGGUUCUCUGAUGAUAGUUCAAUUAUAGAAAUUUUCCAUUGGUGAAAAAAAAUCAUUAGAGAAGU